AAUUGCCGUAGCUGCCGAGGAUGGGAUCUUGUGAGGACCAAGGAGACGGUCAAGGAAUACUUUGAAUGUUUAACCUCCAAACAAGUUGGAAUCAUGGCAUCGCAGAAUUCCAAACAAGAACCUGAAUCAACAUUGAAAGCAGAAUGUGAAGAGUCAUGGAAGCAAGUAAACAAAAACCAAGCUGUCUUGCUAUCACAGCCGAUACAUGGACCGGUUGGAGACUCACAGAAUGCUCUGCCUGCCAUAUUGAAGAUGAAGGAAAGAUGUCUUCAAGGAGAAAUCAAUGCUGUUAAAGCAAAAAAGAUUCAAGUGCUUCCUAAUGAUCAAGUGAUUUUAGAAUCCUUGUUGAAAGAGGAGCUGCAAAAGAAUGUUUCCCAGCUAGAGGAGUGUCUCUCUGUGGUGGAAGGGAGACGGAGAGAGCUGGAAGAUGAUCUUGCCAGGCAAAAUGAGUUAUUAUCACAACAUCAGGAUAUGAAUAGAGCUUUAGAAUCCAGAUUGAGAGAAGCAAAAGAAGGAGGAGGAAAGAAGUCAAGGCUUAGUGAAGAUGGUCAAAUAAAGAUAUUGAAGAGGAAGCAGGAGAAAGCCCGUGAAGUUCACAAGGUUCUCCUGAAUCAGAUAGGAAACUUUGUUGGAAAACAUUUCCCCUUGCCUGAUACAUCAAAGAAGCGACAGGCAGAACAGAUUCAGUACAAAUCACUCCUAGAGAUAAUUGAGAUCUUGAUGAACAAAGGGAUGGAUGGUGGCACUGAUCCAUAUGUUUUCAUGCAUGAAACAUUUUGGCCUCCUUACAUAGAACUCUUACUUCGCUGUGAUAUAGCAUCCAGACAUCCACAAGAUGCCAACCGUAUAAGACUGGUACCUCUCCAUCUCUAAAUAUGGUUAACUCUACAAAACUGGAGUGUUAUAUUCACAUAGAACUUUUACUUCACUGUGCCAGCAUCCAGACAUCUGUAAGAAGAAGCCAGGCAACUGUAUCAGACUGGUUUUUCUCCAUCUCUAAAUAUGUUGGUUAAUAAACUCUGAACAGCGGGAAUAUCAAUGUUUUGCAGUCUUACAUUGCUGCAAUACCAUCUUGACAUCCCCAAGAUACCAACCAGGGGAGCAUUUCAUCAACAUUUCUGUCCGACAAGUCGUCAAUUCUGACAACUUCCCUUGAUUUUGAUUGACUGAGCACUGUUCAUAUGGUAAUUGUCGGAUAAAUGGGACUUGUCAGAUAAAACGUCCAAGUCUUUUCAUGAAACGCUCCCCAGGCUUGAUGCCAAUUGUAUCAGACUGGUUCCUCUGAAUCCUCUCCACAUUGAAUGAUAGACCCUGAAGAGUUGAGGCUUUUACAUUGCAACAUGAUGUGUCAAGCCUUUCUAAAUGGAACGGAACUACUAUAAUGCGAAGUUCGCUUGCUGUUGUAUUGACCUUUGACUUGUUGACUUUAUCUCAAUAGAGACCUUUCGUUUUCUGUGACGAGCCAUGUGGACGUACGAGAUUAAGGAAUUUUGGGAGCGCUGCGCAUGCGCGAAGUAAUCUGUGAUGAGCCUUUUCGUUCACUGCCCAAAUCUGUGACUGGUAUUUGAGGGUUUUGACGUUCGGUGUCAUAGUGCUCGAACGAGCGCUAGUUCGUACAUGAUGACGUCAU